AUGAGGCCGAGCCGUCCGGCUCUUGCAGUGAGCACUUCAGCUUCCGCGGAGGAUGCUAGCGUACACCAUCGGCUUGCUCAGCUGGAGGAAGAAGUGGCGCAACUACGAGCAGACAACGCUCGAUUGAACGAGGCCCUCCUGCAGCUGGGCACUGAAAACGAGAUGUGCCAGAGCUCCGUGGGCUUCGUGAGACAGCCGGGAGCUUCGCCGCCAGACAGGAGGACGCAGCGGCUCGGGGGUCCUACUCCGCCCGUCACCGAUCUGGAGCUGUCAGAGGAGCCCGCGGAAUCGGUCCGGGCACUUCGCCGAUGGGAGACCUGGAAGUUUCUCAAAGACUUCACCGAAUUCUUGGAGCAACAGCCCACCUUGGGCUCUGCGACAGGACGCUUGCCGCCCAGCCAGUGCCCGGACCUCGUCUCUGCAGAGCGCAGAUUACGGCUGAGCACCGUUGCCGAAGGACAGCACGCGCCGCCGGUGGGUGGAAACCAAUGGUUCGGCGAAGCCCGAAGGGACUAUGACUUUCCUCAGGGAUCCGGCUUGGACUUUGCAUUGUCGGGCGGCAGUUCAUCAAGCGACGCCAGGAGCGCCUUCGAGAAGUUCCGACAUUUUGGUGAGGAAGCGGGGAGACUGCCAGCGACAGGGGCCGCUUGCCCAGGCCCCGAAAGCGACAAGCGCCUGACCCCCGUGGGCUUGGUGCGUCAGCGCCGCGCCGAAGGGCCAGAGAGAAGGUGGUACACAUCGCCACCAAGAUCCCUGAGCCCUACAGAAGGGACUUCACCAGAGGCUUUGCCCCAGGGCCCGUGGCGGGCGAGUUUCAACAUGGGAGAGCUCACCCGUAGGCAGGGACAUCUGAGCCUGUCCGGCGGAUGUGGGCCGCGAGAUGGUGAUGAUCUCCGGUACCAGGGCAUUUGCACAAAGCCCGCAGCUCCCUCUGCACGUUCACCCACCGUGGGCUUCGGCUCCUGGGCUUCGGAUGCAGGACCCUUCUACAAGAGCGAUUGCAGCACCAUCAAGCAAGACGCAGCCAUGGCUUUGCAAGCACCUUUGCUCGCCGCUGUCACACAAGGUGACAGCGCGCAGGUGGAAAACAUCCUUUCAACCUCCUCAGAAGACCUCCGGGAGCUGCUGGAGCUCCGCGAUGAGCGUGGCCGCACCCCUCUCCACUGUGCCGCGAGGCACGGCCACGCUGAGGUCUGCUCUGUGCUGCUGAAGAGGCGAGCUGAUAUUCACGCCCCAGCCGGAGCUGGCAUUGCAGCUCUCGCUUUGGCCUGCUUGUGGCGCCACGGCGCAGUGGUGCGCCUGCUUCUGAAGAGCCGCGCUCGCCCGGAGCAGAUAGAUCACGGGGGACAGAGUGCUUUCCACUUCGCAUGCUGCAACAGCCCGGAGAUUGUUCACGACUUCUUGCAGCAGAAUCCAGACCUAGCCUUCCUCAAGGACGCGCAGAGCCGCAAUCCGCUUUUCUAUGCUGUGGGCAACAACAGUUCCGAAGCAAAGAUGGAGAUUCUGAGGAUGUUGCUAGAGGCGAAAUGCCGCGCCAGCGAGGUGGAUGUUUUCGGGCGAUCUGCACUACACUAUGCCGCUCAAUCAGGUGAUAUGACAACAGUGGAGGAACUACAGCAGGCAAUCGACCAAGAGGUUCCGCCAUGUGCUCUACACGGAGAACUUCAGGUUGCAACAAAUUUCGCGGACGCCGCCCUGGUUGAGGAAGACCACAGCCAGGAAGCGGCAGAGGCUGCAUCAGCUGCACAUGUGUCCCCAUUCAGCGACGAACACGAUAAGAUAUCGGAAAUUGCAGAGGCGGCUCCAGCAGCCAGGACUGUGCACGGGCAGAGGGAAGGCGAAACCAACGACAAAGCAGAGGCAGCUGCUGCUACUGCUGAGGAAGAGCGAAAGCAGAGUGAAGUCGCAGAUGUGAUAGAGGCAGCCGCUAUUGUUGAGGAAGAGCUACAGCAGAGUGAAGUCGCUGUCGAGACAGCUGCCACUGUUGAGGAAGAGCGACAGAAGAGUGACGCCACAAAUGCAACAGAGGCAGUUGCUGCCGUUGCUGAGGAAGAGCGACAGCAAAGUGAAGUCGCAGAUGUGAUAGAGGCAGCUGCUAUUGCUCAGGAAGAGAGACAGCAGAGUGAGUUCGCACACGCUACACAGAGAGCUGCCACCGCUAACGAUGAACGACAGAAGACUGAAUCUGCAGAGGUGAUAGAAGCAGCUGCUGCUGUUUCUGGUGAAGAGCGGCAGCAGAGUGAAGCCGCAGAUUCGACAGAGGUAGCUGCUAGCGUUGAGGAAGAGCGGCAGAAGAGUGAAGCCGCAGAUGCGACAGAGGCAGUUGGUGCCACUGCUGAGGACGAGCGACAGCAGAAUGAAGUCGCGGAAGCGGUCGAAGCAGCUGUCACUGCUGAGGAAGAUCGACAGAAAAGUGAAGCCGCUGAAGGGCAGCAUGAAGUCGCGGAGGAGGUCGAAGCAGUUGCCAAUGCUGAGGAAGAGCGACAGAAGAGUGAAGCCGCAGAUGCAACAGAGACAGUUGCUGCCAUUGCUGAGGAAGAGCGACCGCAGAGUGAAGUCGCAGAUGUGAUAGAGGCAGCUGCUAUUGCUCAGGAAGAGAGACAGCAGAGUGAGUUCGCGGAAGCGGUCGAAGCAUCUGCUGGUGCUGACGCUGAAGCUGUCGAGACAGCUGCCACUGUUGAGGAAGAGCGACAGAAGAGUGAAGCCACAAAUGCGACAGAGGCAGUUGCUGCCGUUGCUGAGGAAGAGCGACAGCAGAGUGAAGUCGCAGAUGUGAUGGAGGCAGCUGCUAUUGCUCAGGAAGAGAGACAGCAGAGUGAGUUCGCACACGCUACACAGAGAGCUGCCACCGCUGACGAUGAGCGACAGAAGACUGAAUCUGCAGAGGUGAUAGAAGCAGCUGCUGCUACUUCUGGUGAAGAGCGGCAGCAGAGUGAAGCCGCUGAUUCGACAGCGGCAGCUGCUGCCACUGCUGAGGGCGAGCGACAGCAGAAUGAAAUCGCGGAGGAGGUCGAGGCAGCUGCUAGUGCUGAGGAAGACGGACAGAAGAGUGAAGUCGCAGGCGUGAUGCAGACAGUUGUCACCGCGGAGGAUGUUGAGGAGGGACCAUCGAAGGAUGGUGCCACACUGGAGCUGUUGGCCUCGCAAGUCCUGUCGCUCGACAGCCUUUGCCAAACCCACAAGGCGGAAGGCACGGAAGCAGAACAGGCGGCUGCAAGGGCUGAUGAGGCGGAGCAGGAACGACAAAUGUGGGAGGACAGAGCUGGAGCAGCUGCCACAGUAAUUGGCAGGCAUUGGAAGAAACGACAGACCGCUCUUUCGCCGGCUGGCAGCUGGAAGGAGAGCCUGUUCUUGAUGCUCCGGGAAGAAGCGGCCAUCACUGACAGCCGGGACUCUGGAAGCAUCACAUACCGAGGAAACAUCCGAGAGGGAGCAGAGAAUUGUUGGAUCUCUUUCCCUGGCAAGUACGCUUCCGCUUGGAAAGCUUUGACGGAGGAGAACCAGGGAGACUCGGUGGCUUGUGUGUUCCUCUGCACGAAAGAAGACGGCCUCGGUGUGCAUCUGAAGGAUCCUCAAGAGCACAAGUGGGAGAAAAGCAGUGGACCUCGAUAUGAGAUCGACGAGGAGUCCGGGAAGAUCACGUUCAGACCCGAUGUCGUGAAGGACCCGAAGAAGCCAGGAGAGAGGUGUUACUGCCAUCGGAUCUAUGGAAAAAGGGGCUUCAAGCAAUUUGGGUACUACCGGGAGCUGCGAAGGCCUUUCACCUCACAGAGGGUGCAAGAGGAGACUGCCACAGCCGAAGCGAUGAAUGCCGCAUGGGUCAAGGAAGAUGCUGCUCCGGCGGUGAAGGCGGCAACGAGGGAACGCGCCAGGGCCACAUGGGAGGAACACGGCGGCAUCGCAGCUUGGGGCUGCGCAUGGUUUGAGGUGUGGUUCGAUAGAGUCACCGAGGCAGUCUCGAAACACCAACGUCUCAAAGCAGUAUUCUUCCCGGGGCAGGAGGGUCAGGGAGUUGUACCCAUGGAUCAACUUCCUGAGGCAGACCUUUGGGAUGGGAUUGGCUGCGGAGGUUCGCAGAAAUCUGAGAUUGCCACAGUGAAUCACAUGAGGGAGACUGAAGGCCCACGCUGGGACUACGACGAAGUCAGCGUUGCAAAGUUCCUACACAGUGAAUUCGCAGAUGGCUGCGUGGUUGAGGGCUGGUGUGAGGAGGAAAAGGUUUGGAAGAGAGGCAUCUUGGAGCAUCAGGAGAUCGAGGUGCGGAAAGUACCACGGGAGGAAGAUGGGGUGACGCGCAUGGUGGAGGUUGCAGAUGUCGUCUUCGAUAUACACUGUGAGGGCGAGAGUGGGAAGCUCAAAACCAAGGACAUCCGUCACGUGGGCCGGAUCAUGGAGGACAUGAUGCAAGAGUGCGGUUUACAGAACGUGACGCAGUCUGCUCUGGAGUGCUUGAAAGAUAUGAAUAUAGAGCUGCUGGAGUGCAGUGUCGAUCAGUGGGCAUUGCGCCUGGACCUCCGCAUUCAAGACAUCCGCUCUCUUCAAGCCCUGCGUGAUCGAGUUUUAGAUGGCUCCUUCGAAAGGGAGCUGACGCAGAAGCUGGCUCCUGAUCAGACUCUCAGGGUGCACGUGGACAAGAGCCGGUUCUUUACGCUCUACGAAGAUAGCUUGCAAGGCCUGGAAGGUCUCACAGCUCAUCAGCAGGAGAAGCUGGAGGAGAUGGAAGGCGAGGCGGACGUCCAUCUUUCCGCUCCGGCCGGGGCCGGGAAAACUUUUGUGGCGAUGCAGAGAGUACUGGAGGCUCUGGGUGGGCCCACCUCAGAUGCACAUGUCCUCUAUGUGGCGCCCUCAAAGGCUCUUCUGUUGUUCUUCUUACGAUGGCUGGCCGUGCGCCUGACACCCCAAGAAGAUGCAGAUGGGCCCUCCAACUUCGAGAACUUUGAGAAUGCUUUGAAGAGGCUUUCCUUGCUGCACCAUCCAUACAAGAGCAUGAUCUUGCCGAAGCUCCAACAAGGUCGAAUCAUUCUGCCCCCCGGGCCGGAAGCGGAGACGAUGUUCCAUCUGGCCGUCUACGACGAGAGCCACAAGAUCUUCGGUCAGGAGGCCGUGGACAAGACUUUGCUGAAUCGCGUGAAUGCCUUGAGGCGGCUCUUUCUAUCUGACGAAGCACAGUCGUCGGCCGUGCUGCACUCUUUUCCCGCUGCCAAGCGUGUGAAGCUGUCUGAGGUUGUUCGCAGUACCGAGAGGAUCGUGCUGGCCGCGGCGAUGUUCCGAUACAGCUCCGAUGAGAACGAAAACGUCACUUCUCACGGCAAGUCCUUGGGGCCACCCCUGAAAACUUUUCUUUUUCAGCCGGAUCAGGAAAAGAACAGGUUUACGCAGUAUUCGAAGCAAAUUGUGGCGGCCCUAUGGCAUGCUGUCCGAAUGUUUCCGAACAUGAGCCUUCAUGGCCGCAUCGCAAUCCUAGUUCGGGAUCAACACUUCCGGCGGCAGCUUUAUUUGCACUUGCAGCAGGCUCUGAACGAAGACCUCCGUCAUCGUCGCUUGCAGAUAGUGUCUUUCGCAGAGUCGUUGCUCCAACUUCCUGAGCGUCUCCUGAAAAGCUCAUCGCAGCCGCACCGAGAAUGCAUUGUAUUGGAUUCUCUGGAAAAUGCCGAUGGCAUAGAGCAACUCAUCGUGAUAUGCGUUGGCCUUGACGAGCCCUUGAAGAAAGACGGGGAUCAGAACUUCUGCUCGCAGCUCUACAGGGCACUUACAAGGGCGCAGCUGCUAGCGAUGGUUGUAAAUGAGCACGUCCAAGGUGGUUUGCUGGAGUUUCUUGGAGCGGUCCGGUUCUCCGACCGCAAGGCAGCGCGGCCCCCGAAUUGCCAGGAGGUCGUCCGAAAGGCUGUUUAUGAGAACCAGGCGUCCGAGACUGGCAAUGCAGACGACGAAGCCUCCGAAGCCGCCGAAGCUGCUGCCACGAAUAUGCCGGCUGAUGGCAGCCAUGUGGUGACGCUGUUUUCAGACCCCGACACCACACCUUCGGAAACGGACGCAGCGCAGCCGAAGCCCCGAAGUUCUGUCACAAGCAAAGCUGCGGAUGCACGGCUGUUGCAGGCAGCAGCUGCUGAGGCUGCGCAGAUGACUGAUAUCUGGGAUACUCGUGAUAACGCAAUUCCACAGGUGACCACCCUGCAGUUCAAUCCGAUGACGCAGGUGUGCGAAAGGUUGUUCCUGACAACGGAGCUACCUCUCACAGUCGAACACCACGACGACGCGACCUCUUUUCAUGGCCUCAUCCGGCCUCAUGCCGAUGCGUGCUGGAUCAGUAUACCUGACCAUUUCGAGGCUGCAUGGAAGCCGGUUACAGAGCUGCACCACGACCAAUCCGUGGCAGAUGUCUUAUUCUGUGAUCAGGAAAGCGGACUGGGCCAGCAUUUCGCGGACCCUGAGAACCCUGGCAAGUGUUACUGCGCUCGGAUAUACGGAGAACGCGACUACCAAAGGUUUGGCUACCUCUGGACGGUGGACGACGAAGAGACCAGGAAAGGCCGAGCCGCGGAGAUGGCCGCGACGCAAGCUGUGAUUGUACGUUCAGAUGCCACGGACGAAACCAGAGAACGUGCACAGAGGAUGGCCGUAUUGCAAUGGAUGCGAUGUGGCAAAACAGCUUCAUGGGGCUGUGCUUGGUUCGAGAGAUGGCAGUCAAAUGUUCGCAAAGCCGUCGCGAAGAAGCAGCGCCUUUUGGUGGCUUUUCUUCCCGGACAAGUGGGAGAGGGCAAAGUGGCCAUGUGCGACCUUCCAACUUCCGACCUUUGGGACGGAAUUGGUUUGAGUGCGAAACAGAAGGUGCAAGUUGCAAUUGCGGAAGAAAUGGGCUGGGAGUAUGAAGCAAUUGAUCUUGUUGAUCUCGUGCGGACUGCGUUUCCUGAAGGUUGCCUGGCAGACGGAAUGGACGAAUCUGGCUGGUGGCGACUAUGCAAACUGGGACAGAUGACUUUUCAAGACGAAAAGUUUUCUUGGGCUGCAAGUUCCCUGAACUCAGGCCAGGAGUUCAAGGCCGUACGUGUUCAACAUGUAGGACGCGAGAUUCUUUCUCUCAUGGACAGUGUUGGUCAUGACUAUGUCUUUGACUUCUUAUGUCGUGGACUCGUGGACACGGAGGUGUUGCAAUGCGAGAAGGCAGUAGCCCCGAGGGGUGGGCAUGCCCUUUGUAUAACCCUCCAGUGCUCCAACUCCGACGCUCUCCAGAAGCUCGGGCAGAAAAUCAUGGAUGGUGAGCUGGAGCGAGUCUUGAACACGAGACUCCGAGCCAAAGGCUGGCCGUGGCCGGUUCAAUUAGACAGAACCCGCUUCGCAAAGCUCUCUUCGGCAGGGGAUCAGGAUCCCUUCCCUGGCGUCAGCUGGCAGUGGUUCCACCGGACCGGUUGGAGAGACUACCCGCGCGACGUGAUCACGCAGAUCGAGCAAGCUUAUCGUGCCGGGGAGACCAAAGCCCAUUUCCAAAAUGGAAAGAGGACGGGAUCCGAAGCCUUGGAGAUUUCAUUCGAGGAGAUGCUCCAGCGCGAUCCCCUCAGCGGCGACACCCGGGAAGUGAAGAGGGCAGGUCCCUUUGAAUUCCUCGGCCUAGGAGACUCCGAGUAUGAGAUCGUUGUGGACGGGACCUCCGGCGCGAGGCUGGGCAUAACGCUGGAUUACGAGGAUGGGCAAACGAUGGUGAUUGACAGUAUCGACGAGGGUCUGGUGAAGGACUGGAAUGAGCACGCAUUCUCCGACACAAAGGUUGACAUCAUGGACCGCAUAGUCGAGGUCAAUGGCAUACGUGGCAACAUCCACCCGAUGGCACGAGAGUGCGAGGAGAACAAG